CCCGCCGCCAUGACCGAGGAGCCGUACGAGAAGUUCCUGGCCCCCGAGGAGCCCUGCCCGCUGCUCUCGCACCAGCACCCGCCGCGGGGCGGCAGCUUGAGCCUGAGCGAGGAGGGCUGCCUGGACGUCAGCGACUUCGGCUGCCAGCUCUCGUCCUGCCACCGCACCGACCCGCUGCACCGCUUCCACUCCAACAGGUGGAACUUGACGUCUUGUGGAACCAGCGUAGCCAGCUCAGAGUGCAGUGAGGAGCUGUUUUCAUCGGUUUCUGUUGGUGACCAAGAUGACUGUUACUCUCUAUUGGAUGACCAGGAGUUCACCUCUUUUGAUUUGUUCCCCGAGGGCAGUGUCUGCAGUGAUGUCUCUUCCUCUAUCAGCACAUACUGGGAUUGGUCAGACAGUGAGUUUGAAUGGCAGUUGCCUGGCAGCGACAUUACAAGUGGGAGUGAUGUACUUUCUGAUGUUAUACCUAGUAUUCCGAGCUCUCCUUGUCUGCUUCCGAAAAAGAAAAACAAGCAUAGGAAUCUUGAUGAACUUCCAUGGAGUGCAAUGACAAAUGACGAACAGGUUGAAUAUAUUGAAUAUUUGAGUCGCAAAGUCAGUACCGAGAUGGGCCUUCGAGAACAACUUGAUAUUAUUAAAAUUAUUGAUCCUACUGCUCAGAUCUCACCUACAGAUAGUGAAUUCAUUAUUGAAUUGAACUGUCUCACAGACGAAAAACUGAAACAGGUGAGAAACUAUAUCAAGGAACACGGACCUCGUCAGCGGUCUGCAAGGGAAAGCUGGAAGAGGAGUAGCUACAGUUGUGCAAGUACCAGUGGUGUGAGUGGUGCCAGUGCCAGCAGCAGCAGUGCCAGCAUGGUCAGCUCAGCAAGCAGCAGUGGUUCUAGUGUUGCUAACUCUGCUUCAAACUCGAGUGCCAACAUGAGUCGAGCACACAGUGAUAGUAAUUUGUCCACGAGUGCUGCAGAAAGAAUCCGGGAUUCAAAAAAACGUUCCAAGCAACGGAAACUACAGCAAAAGGCCUUACGCAAGAGACAGCUGAAAGAACAAAGACAAGCUCGUAAGGAAAGACUGAGUGGAUUAUUUCUUAAUGAAGAAGUGCUCUCUUUAAAAGUGACUGAGGAGGACCAUGAAGGAGAUGUGGAUGUUUUAAUGUGA